AUGGAGACAGCAAGCUUGGCAUCAGCAGGGUGGGGGCCUGGCCCAUCAGCUCCUCCUGAGAUGGCCAGCUUUGUGCUGACUUCUGUGUUGGAUUCUUCUCAGUGUUCCACAGACACAAAUAUAGUUGACAUAGCUACUAUAGUUUUUGCACAGUUUGUUCCAAAAGCUACACAUGAGGAAAUAAGCAAAAUGGUGAAAGAUGUGCUAACUGUUGUAGAGAAACCUACUGGCAGUGAGCAAUCUACGGGGUGUCUAGAUGAUCAGUUCUCUGCCUUUUUGGAAGAAAUUUGCCAUGAAAAGAAAAUUCUUGAAAAAUACGGACUUUCAGACUGCUGCAACCAAAAUGAAAAGGAAAGACAUAACUGUUUAUUAUCACACAAAAAGGCUGUUCCAAUUUCCACUCCACCCUUCCAAUUCCCAGAACCUGCCUCAAGUUGUAAGGCAUAUGAAGAGAAUAGGGAAACAUUCAUGAAUGGUUUCAUCUAUGACAUAGCAAGAAAACAUCCUUUUAUGUAUGCACCUAUGAUCCUUUCUUUGGCUGCCAGUUUUGAUAAAAUAAUUCCACCUUGCUGCCAAGCUGAAAAUGCAGUAGAAUGCUUCCAAACAAAGACAGCAUCACUUAAAAAAGAAUUAAGAGAAAGUAGCUUGGUAAAUCAACAAGUAUGUUCAUUAUUGAGAAAAUUUGGAACUUCAAGCUUCCUAAAAAUAAUUACUGCUAAAUUGAGUCAGAAGUUUCCCCAAGCUAAUUUUUCUGAAAUUCAGAAAUUGUCCCUGGAUGUGGUUCAUGUACAUGAAGAAUGUUGCAGUGGGAAUGCUGGGGAAUGUCUACAGGAUGGGGGAAAAGUUAUGUCCCAUAUUUGUUCUCGACAAGAUAUUCUAUCAAGUAAAAUAAAAGAAUGCUGCAAAUUGCCCAUACUUGAACUUGGUCAAUGUAUAAUUCAUGCAGAAAAUGAUGGGAAACCUGCAGAUUUAUCUCCAACUCUAGAUAGAUUUAUAAAUGCUAGAGAUUUUAGUCAACUUUCUUCAAAGGAAAAAGACAUCUCUAUGGCAAGAUAUAUUUAUGAAUAUUCAAGAAGACAUACUGAUCUUAGUACCAUGGCAAUUCUAAGAUAUGCUGAAAAAUUCCAGGAGUUAUUGGAAAACUGUUCUCAGUCUGAAAAGCCUCUUGAAUGCCAGGAUAAAGAGGAAAAAGACCUGGAGAAACAGACUCAGGAGAGCGAAGCACUGGCAAAGAAAAGCUGUGUAGUCUUCCAGAAACUAGGAGACCAUUACUUACAUAAUCUAUUUCUUGUUGCUUACACAAAGAAAGCCCCACAGAUGACUGCAUCCGAGUUGAUAGCGCUCACAAAGGAAAUGGCGAGGGCAGCAGCUUCUUGUUGCCAACUCAGUGAGGACAAACAGUUGACCUGUGGUGAGGGAGCGGCUGAUCUUAUUAUUGGACAAUUAUGUGUCAGGCAUGAAGAGAAUCCAGUGAAUGCUCGUAUUGGCCAGUGUUGCUCUUCUUCAUAUCCCAACAGGAGGCCAUGCUUUAGCAGCUUGGUGAUGGAUGAAGCAUAUAUCCCUCCACCCUUCUCUGCCGACAAGUUCAUCUUCCAUAAGGAUCUGUGCCAAGCUCAGGGUGUAGCGCUACAAACAAUGAAACAAGAAUUUCUCAUUAACCUUGUGAAACAAACGCCACAAAUAACAGAAGAACAACUUGAGACUAUGACUACAGAUUUUUCAGCCUUAAUGGAAAAAUGCUGCCAAAGUGAAGGGAAAGAAAUUUGCUUGGCCGAAGAAGGCCAAAAACUUAUUUCAAAAGCUCGUGCAGCAUUGGGGGCUUAAAUAAC